UAAAGCUGUGGAUAACUAAAAUAUUUAUUAUGAUAUUACAUUGAGAUUGUAAGCCGACCCUUUUACGGAAGGAAAGGGACAAUUUCUCUGUAAUUAGGGAGGAGAUUAAAAUGUUUUCUAAGCUUCAUUUAUAUAAAUUUAAAGAUUGCCAUUCCAAAUUUAUAUCUCAAAAAGUGUCCGCCAUCUCAGAGAGUUGCACCGAUCCAAAAAAGUAAUCCAAAGAAUAAUCAAGACGAGUUAAAUAUCUGCAGAAUGGAGCGACGAAUAGCAAGAGUUAUGUGUAUUUUAAUAACACUUGCUCUAGUCAACGAGUUGUCAACAGCUGUCCAAGCAAGAGAUAACAAUAAAAGAAGAAGCAAAGAAAAAUCGGGUGGCUUUCAAAAAAAUAUAUGUGAUAUCACAGACAGAGAUUCGAAAGUUCACUGCUAUUGUGAAAAUACAAGGGAACCAAGAAAUGCGACAAAAGCUGAAUGUUGGGUAUUCAACGGUGGCAUACCCCGUGACGACCUCAUCUGGCAAAGUUUCGCAUCACAGCCAGCUCUGCAAACUUUAUCUUUUAACGUCCGAGUCGAUGGAGCGUUGGGCUACGUGCCCACCAAAGCGCUUCAAUACUUACAAAGACUUAGAUCUAUUAAUAUAAAAUAUGGAAAUAUUGUUGAAAUUAGUUCAUACGCUUUUGCUAAUAUCACAAAUUUAAAGGAAGUAGCACUGUCUCAAAAUCAAAUAGAGUCAAUACAGCAGUAUGCAUUUGCACACCUACCUAAUUUAACAGUUGUAAAUUUAGAGGAGAACAUGAUAUUAGAACUUGUUCGUGAUUCUUUUAUUGAUGUACCAAAAUUACAGAAAUUAACAUUUACUAAAAACAAUAUUUCGACCAUAAGCAAUGGAGCGUUUCAACACACCUUUAAUCUUCUGGAAUUGGACUUAAAUAGGAAUAAUAUUUUUCACUUAAAUCGACACACGUUUGAUGGAUUGGCGAACUUAAAGAAAUUAGAUCUAAGAAGGAAUCACAUUUAUAAUUUGACUGAAUUUACUUUCGCUGAGCUUUGGAAUUUACAAGAGUUGCUUUUGGGAAAGAAUGAUUUAAAAUAUAUAUCAGAGAGAGCAUUUGAUGGGUUGUCACAACUAAGAAAGUUGUCCCUGGAUGAUAAUAAGCUGGCUUCACUUCCCGCCGGCUUGUUUGAGGGUGUGCGAGGGUUAAGCUCCUUAGACUUGCGUUCUAAUGAAUUGCAUGCAUUGACUUUCGAUAACAUCAAGCCUAUUUUGGAUAAUCUAAAGCCAACAGGCAGCAAUCUGUUACUAGAAGAAAACAACUUUGUUUGCGACUGUCGGCUCAAAUGGAUGCAUUCACUCCGUAAUGAAACACAAAGCCAAAAUACAAAGGAUUCCCUAGAGGGUGUUACUUGUAAGAUGGACCCGCCAAUCGUUAGCUCCGCGUAUAAUAAAAUGCCAGAAGAAAGUCUUAAUAUAAACAAGGACAAUUCUCUUACGAACAUAAUAAUAGAGACAGUAAAGAAAACGAAUUCAACAGAAAAGAAAGAUAUGACUAUUGAUAUUAAUGGCAAGAAAGGUGUUAAGAGAAAUGUAUUAAAGAUACCACCGGAAACUCUGCCCUGCCCUGUCGAAACAAAGAAGACAACCCAAUUACCGGCAUUUAUAGCGGAUCCCGUUAUACCGAUUCAAAACGAGAUGAAAACAUUUCGGUUUCAUGAGAUGAAUGCCGCUACUAAGGUCUCAUUUGUACACAGCAUUGUUUUAUGGAAUAUUUUCUUUAUCUUCUUCUUCACUUAGGUCGUUGAAAUUUUACUUAUCUAGUCUUUAUUUUAAGUGAGAUAUAGACUCUUUUAUACUUAAUGAUUAAACACAAAGAUUGCGUGCGUAAGUGAUAAAUAAAUGUUUGCUAAAUAAGAUUUUAGGGAUAAAUGCUACAAAUUCUUUAUUUACUUUAACACGAUAAAGAGACAUUAUUAUAUUUCAAAAUGUAUUUCAGUACAUUAAUAUAUACAAACAUUAUUUGAAUCAUAAGUUUGUUAGUUUGUAACUCAAUAUUUAUUUUGUCAUUGUUUUUGUUUCAUUACAAUAGAUACAAUACUGUACAACAUACAGUAUAAUUGAGCGAGAGGGUUUUAAAUUAUAUAAAAGUAGUACCUAAUUGUUUCUUUUAAAGUAAAUAUUUGUAAUUAUUAAGCCCACUGUUCGUAUUUAAUCAGCUUGGUGGACUUCCCACAUUCGGAUUGAAUUCCUGUCUUUUGGAAUACCGCACAUUAAAAUUAUUUUUAAUUGUUUAGCUCUUCGGUGUUUUAUAUUGUGUAAAUAGAUGGAUUUGUUAAUAUAUAAAGUAAAUAAAUAAAUGUGAAACAUUCUAAGUCUAGAUGUAUGAAGGCUAAAAUUGCACUGAACAUUUUUAAAAUCAAUUCUUAAUGAAUAUUCCUUAAAAGUAUUACAAAUAAGGCUUAAUGUAACAUUAAAUUAAUAUUAAUUUGAAAAUAAAAAUUAAUAUAAAUAAUAUA